UCGAAGUAAUAUUUUACCUUGAACAUGAGAGAAUUCACAACGAAGUACCACUUUGAUGAUUUAUCCCUUUCAUGAAUAUUUUUAUCUAUACUUUACUAUAAAAAUAAAUAGUCGAAAUAUUCUGCGUAAGAAUGUAUAUAAGUCACAUAGAAAGUAACGAACAUCUUUCUCACCUUCCCCUCCAACGGUUGAUACGUUUUGCACAUAGAAUUUUUUUCAUUCGUCGAUGCUUCGCAAUUACGUUUGAUUGCGCGGCAAAUUCAAAAUAAAGAAACAAAUCGCGGGUGAAGGAUGGCGCGCGAACGCGAAAUGUCUACAGGUAGUUUAAAAAUGGCGACAGACAGGUAAAAGUUAUUGGAGGGAGCGCGCGCUGCCACGAACGAUACUAAUAAUAAGGAAAGGGCAAGUCGUUGUUAGGACGAGAGAAUUGUCCCUUAUAGAAAACGCGUUCCACGAAUAAAUUUUAUCUCUUCUUUUCCAUUGUUCUUCUGUUUUCCUAUAUCCUAUAUAUAUCUAUUCUCUCUUACUUUGCCAGCGUGGAUGAAAAUCUCUUCCUCCGUUCUCUCUCUCGUUUUCUCUCUCUCUAUCUCUAUCUUGUUAGAAAAGAAGGAAGAGGAAAGUGUUGAACAAGAUAAAAAAAAUGCUGUCUUUUCGCCGGUCGAAAAGCCGCCGCGCUUUUCUCGUCGCGUGAUAUCGAACGUCGUAACUUCGAAGCCGCACGAGAGAGUAACAAAAAGGGAACGAGGAGGUGGCAGUGGAGGCGGAGGAGAAGGUAGAAGAGGUGGCGGAGGAGGAGGAGGAGGAGAGUCCCCUUUGAGUCGCCGUGUGCAUGCAGGAAAAUACAGCUGUAAGAACUAUAAGCACAUAACAAUGGAACACGCGGAUUUAGUAGCAGAUAUGGUCCGUGUAGAAAGGCUCACUACGCAAGAACGACUACAUCUUGCACGACAUCGUAGACUUCAGCAGUUAAAAGUGUGGCGUCAGCGUGAGAAAGAAUGGCUACGAAAUCAAACCAGACAUACAAGCAACAAGCGUCAUAUAUACUUCAAUGAUAGUGUCAUGUUAUUAGAAGCUGCUGCAAGAAAUGAUAUAGAUGAAGUUAGGAGACUGUUGAAAAAAGGAGUAAAUCCCGAUUCAACAAAUGAAGAUGGAUUAACUGCAUUGCAUCAAUGCUGUAUAGAUGACAAUGAAGAGAUGAUGAAGUUACUUGUUGAAUUUGGUGCUAAUGUGAAUGCUGAAGAUAGUGAAAAAUGGACUCCGUUACAUGCUGCUGCUACCUGCGGUCACUUACAUCUUGUAAGAUAUCUGAUAGCUAGAGGUGCAAACUUAUUGGCUGUUAACGCUGAUGGAAAUAUGCCUUAUGACAUUUGUGAGGAUGAAAAGACAUUAGAUUGUAUCGAAGGGGAAAUGGCAAGACGAGGCGUUACACAGGAAUUAAUAGAUGAAACUAGAGCGUCAACUGAAGUUCAAAUGUUGAGAGAUUUGCAAAAAAUUGUUACCAUGGGUGGAGAUCUCGAGUAUAAGGAUCAUCAAGGUGCUACACCUCUUCACAUAGCAUCGGCAAAUGGUUAUUUAAGGGUAGUCGAAUAUCUUCUCGAUCAACACAUUUCUACCGAUAUAGAAGAUAAUGAUAAAUGGCAACCUGUCCAUGCAGCAGCAUGUUGGGGUCAUUUAGAAGUUCUAGAACUAUUGGUACAAAAUGGGGCUGAUUUAAAUGCAAGAAAUAAGCAUGAUGAAACUCCUGCUGAUAUUUGUGAAGAUCCUGAAAUUAGAGAACGUAUAGUUGAACUUAAAACGGAACAAGAGAGUAAACGAUUGCGAGAAGCACAAGGCCGGCGUGUACGAAGAUCGCAAAGUAUAAAUACCCGUACUCAAAGCGUACGACGGACAUCGAUCAGAGACAAAGUUCUCACAACAAAGAAAGAUGCUCAAGAGGAAGCAAGACUGAGGUUACAAGCACAACAGACAUAUGUUAGUAUUCCAACUCCUAAUCUUCCACAAACAGAGAACAGCACUAAUACGCAAGAUGUGGUAAAUAAUGAAACUGAAUCAAGUACGUUGACUCCUGCUGUACGCAAAGGGCCAGAAGGAAAGGAUAAUGAUUCUUUUAUGCAUGAAGAUGUUGAUAAAGAUUCAGCAGUGACAGAACCUGAUGUACCAGUUGGCAGCCAGCAACCUAUUUACUCGACAGAUGAUACCAAUGGAAAGAUCAACAUACAUGUGUCUGUAGUUUUUGUCAAAUCUCUAUCAGAUUUGAAAAAGAAGAGGGCACAAAAUCGACAUAUAUCAAGUGGUUCCGUGGAUACUAAUGGAAAUGGUUUUCCAGUUGUACCAGUUUCAUCUAUAUCCAACUCUGAUUUGGGCACAAGUGACUUUCAACGAUUUACUGGAAACACAAGUGAAAUUAUUGGUGAUAACCACUCAGAAAAGAGUUGUUGUACUGUCAUGUAAAAUGUACAUAUACGAAGAUAAAGUUACACGUCGCUAAACUAAAUGUUCCUUGAACAUAACAUGGUAAAUAUAUCUAUUCAAUUUUUAGAUAAAAUUUAAUUGCAUUGAUCAUUGUACUUAAUUCUUCUUAGACUUUUCAUAGAUCAAAAUUCAUAUGAUAUUAGAAAUAUACUUUUAUAUAUACUUAAUUAUCCUUAUUGGGAUUCCUGAAUAAGCAUUACAUUCUCUGUAAUGUAUGUUAUUAAUAAUAAUAUUUUAAAAUGUUAUAGAAUCAAUUUUAGAAAUGUUAUCCUAUUUUGGAAUGAUUAAAUAUGUACUUAACAGUUAUAGUAACAAUGUAUUAUAGUUAAAUUUUUGACAUAUAUUAUUCUGUAAUUUGUACAUAAACUAUCAUUUGUAUUUACACCGUUAAUUAGUUAAUAAUAUUAGAUAUCUUUAACUAUUUAGUUAAUAAUUAGCUAUCAUUAUAAAAUUUUAAUAAUUAAUUUAUAAGCACGAUGGUCUUGUACAAAACUGAUUGCGAGAUAUUUCUUUUUGCUUCUAUUAUUAUAUCUCUUAUGUAUGUGAUAGUAUCGCACUUAUCUUUCGAAAUAUAUAUUCAUGCAAAUUAGAAAUAAAUUUAUAAGCAAACCUCUUUUUGAUUUAAAUGUUUCAUAGUGCUUUAGAAUUUCUCUAUUAUAUCAGUUUCUCACAUGACCUUUGUUGUAUAGAAUUUUAUUUAUUUAAAAAAAGUAUUCUAAAUAGAGAGUAAACUUAUAU